AUGGAAGAUGACAGAUCAACAAGGUAAAAAAAAUUUAUCACGGAUUUUUCGUUGUAUUUCUGGAAAUUUUUCCAUGGUUCUCUGCAAGUUCUGGGGACCGGCAAAAAUUGCCGUACGGCAAUCAAUGAUGAUUUGGCUACUCAAGGAAUCUUUCACACUUGUUUGAUGAAAACAGACAUAGGAUAAAUUUAUAGUCACUGUGUCACCUUAAGCUUGCCACUUUGAUGACCUGUAACAUCAAGUGAGCUCAACCGUGGCAGGUGUGAUGGGUUAUGACUCUUAUGACAGUUUUGGGCACAGCAUUAAGUGUAAAUAGUUAUAAUGAUUUAUGAAUAAGGUUAAAAAAUGGGUCAAACUGGUUUAACUCCUUGUUUUCUCUUUGAGUUCUUGAGUUUUACUUUAAUUUUUUCAACUUGUAUGUCAGAUGGGGCAACGGAUCAUCUGCUUCAUCUGAUGGCUGUGCAUCAAAGGUUGAUUUAUUGGUGAGUGUUGAUUAACAGUACAAUAUGGGUCAGAUUUAGUUUGUUCAUCAUUAUAGCUGAAGGUUAAUAAGGUUUGUGGUCUAAUUCUAAAAAGUUUCUUGGAAUCCAUUCAUGUUUAUUUUCAUUCAGUGUAUUUGUUUGGAACUGGCUUGUACUUCAACUGCCAUGUUUUAAAACAUCCGAAAACCAUGAAUUCAAUAUCACAGUUAUGUUGCAAAGUAUGCUUGACAUUACAGAUUAGAAAGCAUUCAAACAGAGUUUUAUUAUUUGGUCAUUAGAGCGGUUUUCACUUGACUGUCGAAAGGGACUGGUUUUGGUUUUGGUUUUACUACGCCCUUAGGUUGGCUAGUGUAUUUACUUUGGUUUUGGUUUUACGACAGUCAAGUGAAAACCGCUCUAUGCGGGUCAUUUGGCUUUGUUUGGGAUUAAAAAGGAUUCAGUUAAAGUUUUAUUAUGCAGUCAAUGUCUGGUUAGACUAAGUUAGACUAAGACUUAGUUAGACUAGUUAGAUUAGACUAGUUAGAUUAAAAUAAGACUAAGUUAGACUGAGUUGAGAUAGUCUGUCAAUAAACGGUCAUACCAUCCUGAUAAGUACAAGAAAUAUUUAUUUGUUUAAUGCUAUUUGUGUAGCUUCCUUACCUUCCUGAAUUAGUGAAAGAUUUCACCUGGGAAGUACAAAAUGAGUUUGGAAAAUGUUUGAACCCUCUAAAGGAGACUGGUUAUGACUGGAGGAUUGUUGCUUCACGGCUCCAGCUUUCAUGCAUAAUUCAAUGUUUGGAGCAAAAACGAAACCCAACUGUUGAAAUGCUUAGAGAAUGCACUGAAACCACCUCAAAGGAGCUUCUAGAGAUUCUUGUGGAUGUGAAAAGAACAGAUGUAAUAGAUCACAUAUUAAAGUUUUUUGGCAAGAAUGCCAAUCUGUUAGGGCCAAGGCGUCCAACACAAGAAAGCAUUGCUAGUAACAGCUCAUUGGAUAGUAGUCUGUCAUGGCCACUGCAGGACUCUGGAAAUGCUAGGUGACUUUGUACUUAUUAUAUGCUUAAGAGUACAGGUUAAAGAAACAUAAUAUCAAAAGCUUAAAAUAAUAAAUGCCAACGAGUUGCAAAAAUUAAGGGUUACCAUAAAUCUUCUAUUAAGCCCCCCUAUUCAGACCCCCACCCCUCCCUCCUUAUUCUUCACUACCAAAUUAACAAAAGAUGGCCUGAUCCGGUAUGGUUAAUUCUUAAGCUAGAAGUUCGGAUUUGUUUUGAUCUUUGGUUGCAAGACCUCUUAUGUCAUGUGCUUGAGCCUUUCCAUUUUGUCUCCUAGUUCUUUAUGAAGAAUUGAUACCAUCUUCUAGUUGUUUGAAAAAGUAGUAUGGCACCCCAUUUUGGUAAAUUAAAUAAGCCCCCCCCUCUCAAAUAUACCCCACUCUCCCUAUUAAGUCCCUCCUCAAACGUGCUUGAAAUAAAUAAGCCCCCCAUGGGGCUUAAUAGAGGAUUUGCGGUAAUUUCUUCUAGAAACAACAUCGUUACCCCAAUUUUCUUUUGGAAUUACCCCAAGCCUUGAAUACUAAGAUCUCCAGUUUCCACAUAGGUAUAAGCAACAUAGACUAAGGCAGCAGAGUUAAAAACUCAAAUUCAUUGGGCUUUUCUUUGAUGUGUUGACAAACUUGACAUAUUUAGAAAAAGAGAGCACUACCCUAGUUUAAGCACUGCAAUAAACUGAAACCUGUAUUGAACCAACACCCAAAGGACCCUUGCAAUAAUUUAUUGCCUGUUUAAUAGACUGGUCUCUGCUGAAGUAUACAUUUUACAGGAAAUAUGAAUCUCUUGGGAGAAAGGUUUGGGACUUAUUGACUCUUUUGUGUGCUUAAUUUGGGGUCCACUUUAUUUCAUUGUCUCUAAUACCCAGCCCUCCAGUGACAAGAAGUUUCAUAUGACAGAAAAUGACGAAUAUUUUCCACAAUAUAUUAAUGAACUCUUUCUGCACCCAGCAACGGGGGUGCCCUCUGUAAAGAGAGUCAAAGAGACUGAGUGAUAGUAGCAAGUGCACACUGUAGGUGUCCAUUAUAGAGAGAUGUCUUCCGUUGGAUGAAAUUGACUGUUGUUAAAGAUAACUCAGUUGAUCAUAACUGUUUACUGAUGUAUUGCUUGUAGUUCUGAGAUGGACAGUGAUAUUUCCAAGUCGAAACUGGGGCCAUCAGAAUCAGAAGAAACUUGUAGGUGUUUUUUUUUAAUAAUUAGGUGUUCAUUAUUGUGUCUCUAUGUUUCAAAGAGAGAUGUGCGAAAUAUAGCCUAGGACUUAAUUAAUAAUCAGACUUUUUACAUCCCUAACUUAGUGCAGGGCUCACAACUGGGCUAUUUAUAAACUGUACUAACUAUACCAGUCUUAAAAAGCAGUUUUACUCUGCGGAUAUCUUCUCCUUUACCUUACUCUCCUUCAGACUUCUUUUGUGCUUAAUCAAAAUCCUAGGAGUUCAUGUGUAAUGCAAUAAUCAUUUCUUAAAAGAUAUUGCCAGAAAAAAUAUUUCUCAUUUGAAGCAUUUUGUACUUCCUCAAGACUUGUGAUGGUUAGUAGAGGGGAUUAGUAGUCCUACCUGCUUAUUAUGGUGUCAUUGUUCUUAGUAGAUCAAGUAGGCAUCAAACCCAGUCCUGUAACUCACUAAAUGUCAAAAGCUUCAUACAUUAGGUAUUAAUUAUUAAUAAGAUGACAGGGGCUGAUUCAUUCUGGUCUGAUCCAGGUUUUGUUAAUGGCCUUAUAGACAGUUUACAGAUGCCCAAAAAUAAAAUUCUUUCAUUUGUUUUCGCAGUAUCUCAUCAAUAUUUUUGUUUGUUAUUGUUUUGUUUUUUCUUAACUUUCUUUAAUAUCUCUUAAGGUGAAAACUUUUUGUCAGAUGAGUCUGAAAAGUUCUGGCUGAACAUUCCUGGCGACUAUGACAGAAAGGUACUUUUGCUUAUCUCAUUUAACCCUUUAGGUCCUAAGAGUGUCCAACAUCAAUUUUCUCCUAACAACAUCAGCAGAUCAACAAGAGUAAAGGUUAUGAGAAUUACUAAAUUGAUGACCAAAGGGAGAAUACUUUGAUCUUAAACCAAAUUCUCUCAACUAUUCUUAAAAGAAAUGUAUGGAGAUCGGUUGGGAGAAUCUGUAUUUGGAUCUUGGGGCUCAAAGGGUUAAUGAGAUCCAGGCUGAAAUACAAAUGGAGAUUUCUAUAUUUUCCUCCUUCAUGUAUUUCUUAUUGAAUUUGUGGGCAACGUUGUGAUGUAGUAAAUAUUAAUAUUGCAAUAAUUUUGAGUUUGGAUGAUCAUUUCAUUAAUAUUAUUCCCUGGCAGUUACCUCUCUGUUUUAAUUCCUUUAGACUCUGCAACUAAUUUUAAGCAUUUUUAAACUUAGGGCCAAUUUAUUCGCCACUUCUCUUUCUUGUCGGUCUUAGCUUAUAAUCUUAGGGUCUGUUUUAAUUUAGCCUUACAAACUUCCCCAUUCAUUUUUUAUAAAAUUUUUUAUUUUGUAAUUCUAGUGACGUUUUUUUGGCUUUCUUUCUCUUUUUAUAUAAACCACUGUAUCAUUGUAACUUUUAGAUUUACUAUCGUUUUGGUAUACUAUCUUGUAAAUUAAUAAUAUUAUUGUUGCUGAAAAGCCCUCUUUAGAGAGUGUAAUUAAAGUUUGUAUUGUAUAAAUUACAUGGAAAAAUUUGCUUACUUCAGAAUGGCAUUUCUUGCUGAUUACUGCAAAGUCCAUAUUGAAACAAAAGGGACAGUCAAGUUUGACUAUGACGUAGAGUGUUGUUUAAUAGACUGAAGUAAACGUUUCUCUUUUUUCAGAGUUGGACAAAUUUUUCACAGGCUGCCAGAAAUUGUUGUCAACAAGAGAUGCAGCAGGGAAAUGUUGAGAAAUUCCUCUGUAAAGUGUUACACAUCGAAUAUGGUAAUUAUCGUUAUUUUGCAAACAACUUUCAUAGUAUGACAAGAAAAUGUAACUUCCGAGAAAUAUAAAGGAACUAUGUAUUAUUAUGUAUUAUUAGUAUUAUUAAGUAUUGGGAAAGAGAUGGGGUUUGAAUGUGAGUGGCUGUUUCUUGGAGAAGUGCAUUAUGUGACAAGAAAAAGACAGCUACGUGGGAGAAUAGGCAUUCAGCUGAUGAUACAUAAUAUUAUUAAAAUACUCACCUUACCAUACUUGUCAUCUUGUUUUAAUUUGUAUUCUCAAGCACAAGCUGCUGACAGCCAUGUUAGACUGGAGCACUUUCUCACACUGGUGGCUCUCUUUGGACCAUUCAAGCCAGGACCUGAUGGAUGUCUUCAGAAGGUGAGCCAUUAAUAUAUACCUUGAUAUAGAAACACAUAAUAAUGUACCUUGCAACCUUCUGUGAAUUGGCUGAUAAGCCGAUGUGGUGGUUUAUUUUUAGUCAAGAGGUUAGAAAAGUGAGUGAGAGUCAUGAACUCUGCACGGCAUAUUUUUUUUUUGUUGGGAGUUAUACUCGUUUUGACUAACACUGUAUCCAUAUUCACCUGUCUUUUAGUGAACGGAAGUACUGACCCAAGAUAAAAAAGACAAAGGGGUGUUGAUGACAAAUUGAAACCCUGACCUAUAAGGCCCCCACCCAAAACAGACAACGCUCUGGGCGUGCUUUAAAAUUGCAAGCUUAAGUUUUGUUCGAAGCUGUGUACAAAGGUUUUCGGCUAAGUAAGGUCCCUUAGCUUACUCAAAAGCCUGGAAAAUCGUUUUGAACAAAGAAAAAGAAGGCCGGGUUAAAUUUAACCCUGGGCUAAGCGCUAAUCGGCGUUCGAACAACUGGGCCUGGAGUUUAAAAAAAGGUUAAGGUUUUACGUUACCUCGAGUUCUGACAAGGAUAUGUUAGUGUCCUCUUGAACUCUUGUUGUUUUUGAGUCGCAAACUAUUUUAUUAGUCUUGACGUUGGCCUGAAAAACGUAUUCUAAAAGGCGUCUUAUCGAUUGUUUUUUUUUUUAACGAGGGCCAAUGUGUAGCAAUCCUCAAGUAUGAAGUUCACAAAAUGGACGUCGGCCGACGGCAACCUUCGGCAACGUUUGUAAUUUCCCGCGCUUCCCUCGACAUACAAAGUCGUUUCCAGAUCCCAGUUGCGUCAUGCAGAGGGACGGGCCUUCCAUGGGUUCGUCACGCGUUCCUGCCCCUCGUUGGGGAGGAUUAUUGCGUGACGAGCCAAAAGGACCGUCUGCGCACGGCCUAUUAAAUCUGAAGGUCCUACAGUUCACAGCUAAAAUUGAAAUUUCCAUUACUUUGCUUUCAACUAAUUUUUUUAUUUCUCAUCUUAAAGGAAAAAACAUUCAGUACUUAACAUUUCCUUAUACUAAAUAUAAAAAUUUGCGUUAUUUUCAUAUAACCUAUUUUUUCAAUUGUUAUUGUGAAAGAUGCAUGGCUUGAUGAAGAACUCUACUUCAGUACGUGAAGGGACAAGAGAAAGGUGAGAUAAAGUAUCCGCUCCUGUCUUUCAUUUUUUAUAUCCACUGAUCAUUGCUGGCGAGCAAUAACGAGAGCAGCAUACCAGGGACCGCGCAGAAGGAGGGGCUGGGGGGGCUUUAGCCCCCCCCACUUUUUUGCAAGAAUAAAAAUAAAUUAAACAAAAAAUAAUUUAACAAAAGUAACGGAGUGAAAAAUAGCAAAAAAUCGUUAAUUUGAAAGUGACCAGAGUUACUGGCAAAGACAAACGCGCAGAUAAAUAGACAGAAUGAAGCAUUAGUCGUUACAAUUGUAAAAUAUUAUUUCGCUUCUAACCUAGCAGAGGUAAACGUCUUUUAAAUGGCUUCUUUUUCCUGGGGACCUCUCAGGAAAAAACGCGUUGUUCGUAACUGGUCAAUUUCGAUCCAAAGUAAUAACUGGGUUUAGUUUAUAAAGCGAUUCUCAAACAAAUUGUUUAUUAGUUUCAACCUUGAUUUUUGGAAGAUUAUGAAGUUAUUGUUUCUCUUGUUAUUGUGCGUCCUGAUUUUAGCUCGAUCAGCGCGAAGUCCGUCUUUUGAUGUUAGGCUUCACGGCUCGUUGAGCAUUCCAAUUGCAAGUUUUGUUGAACGCGGUCUGUUUAUGUAUCGGUCAAAUCGAAGCUUCAACAUGCCCCCCCCCCCGGGCAUACCCCGGGCAUUUGACACCUUUGCCGUCCCGGGGAGGAGGGAAUUUGAUUAUCAGAGUCUUCCAGGGGGUGGGGAAUUUGAACUGCACCCUCGAUUUCAUGUAAAAUCUUUGGCGUGGCGAGCUAUCAUGGCGGACGCUGUGUUAGAGGAUUUUCGUGGAAAAGAUUGUGCCUUUGUGGCCAAUUGGUUACAAGGAAAGGGCUUAAACAAGCUUUGUGCCGUAUUUGAAGUAUUUAAAUUUUAAAAAUUUUAAAAUUGGAUUCAGGCUUUGAAUGUGUGAAAGUAUUUUAUUGUUGUGUUUACAAUGAAAUACAAUACCUAUACCAGCGAUUCAAUACAACAACAUAAAAUAAAAUAAAAUAAAAAGCUCAGGUCAACUACUUUGACUACUGUUAAUUAAUAAGGUGAGCGAUGAUGCAUGUCAGUGAAAUGGUCGUGAUGUAGUAAUCUCAAUAGGUGGGAUCUUUUUUUUAUAUAACGCUUUGUAUGUUGCAUGACGAAGAAAAGCUGAGCAUUCAGUGACCUUGUAGCAGCAAUUUCCGCCGCUUUGCACGAGACUUUUGUUCGUAGUAAAUACGCUAACAGUGUUUCUCAGUUUUUGUUAUAUUCAUAAAGAUUUUGUUCGACAACUGAAGCGUUUCCGCCUUCCUUCCGUCAUUUUUGUGCCUGUGAAAUGUCCCCGGGGUGGGGGCAUUUGAUCACCUGAAUGGACCCUAGUGUGGGGCAUUUGAACGGUAUUUUGGCCCGGGUAGGGGGGAAUUUGAACAAUAAUUUUCAAAAAAGUCAAAUGCCCGGGGGGUUGCCCGGGGGGGGCAUGUUGAAGCUUCGAUUUGACCGAUACCCCAGUUAUAAAAACAUUUUGUCAUCGAAAGUACUUAAACCGCAGAAUUGUGUAUAGCUCUGGUCAUCAAGGAGCAUUCAAUCCGGCGGUUAUUACGAACAAAGAAGUGCACAUGGUACACGGCAACAUAAAUACGAACGACGAGACUUCACAUACCACUAGUAAUGCAAAGAAGAGAUCUCUUAAAAUUUCUGAUUACUUUUCCAAACAAAAUGGAAAACCUUCUUUAUCUGGUGAGUAAACUCUGCAUAAUUUUUGCUUUUUUUUUCUGAAUCUGUUCUAUAAUUGAAUUUUCAUUCACUAAAUUAUUUUCAGUUACCGUUUUGUUUUGCCGUGUAAAUAUUUUGAAUGAAUAAUUUAACAAUUAUUGAACUCGGCUUUCGUAUGAUAUGAAGAUAUACAGAUCUCGGAGGGUGUUAUCCACCGGGCUCAAGCCUUCGGCUUUGGAGGAUAACCCCCUCGAUCUGCAUAACUCUUCAUAUCAUACUCAGCCUCGUGCAAUAAUUGCUCAGUAAUUAUACAGCCUUGAGUUCAAGGCAGCUCAAGCAAAAUCGUUGGAUUUCUGGCUUAUUUAUAGUAAUUAAAGGUUGAUAUCAGUAGUAUAACAUAACAAUCUAUGAUAUUUCAAUUUAGUGAUGGUCAAUUUUCAGACCCGAUAGCAACAUCACUGAAGACGUGGAAAAAAAUCAAUAGUUUUAUCGUUGUUCGCAUUCUCCAUCACUUUAGAGAAAUUGAAUAGAAAUCCACAAGCAUGCCCCCCCCCGCCCCCCCCCCAAAAAAAUUUUCCUUCACGCAUUCUUCUUUAGCCCCCCCACUCGAAAACUUGCUGCGCGGUCUCUGCAUACCAUUUUUUUUCUGAAAUUGGUUAAAUUUCCUAAAGCUCGUUCGAUUGACUGCUGAUUCCGUAAUCAAAUUAAAUGGAAUGAGGUAUAAAACUGACUUACGUUGGCUUUCAUUACAUCGUAAAAUCUGAAGUGUAGUGGUUGAAAUAAAUAAGCUUAAUUCAGUAAAAUAAAUGAAAAUACAACGUAAAAUACAACGCUGCUUAGGUAAAUUCAUGAUAUAUGUCUUAUUUUUUGUGUGGGUGCCCUUUCGGGACAUCAAAUCGUUCUUCUUUUCAGUUGGUUCGCAGGCCACAUGAACGAGACCGAGGCUGCAAACCUCCUUGAAGAUCAAUCGCCUGGCAGUUUCCUUGUCCGCAUCAGCUCCUCUAGAGCUCAUGAGGGUGUGUUCGUGUUGGCCGUCAAAACAAGAAAUAAUGGUGUUGUUCAGAUUCAAAUUGAGGUUAGUCGUACUUUAUUACUUGAGAAAAUGUCGAUCUGUUUUCUUUCCCAGUAAUAAGUGGCACUUACGAGCACGUGAACAAAGGUAUUUGUAAAUGGCGGGAAAAUGUUGCGUCAUAUCGUCAACCAAUCAGAAGUCAUGUUAAGACGAACGUUUUCCCGCGCCAAGAGCCAGUUUGUCCGCGCUUGGUACCAGCUUUAAGUCACAUUUAUACAACAUUUAUAGGCCUCUAAAUCUGUUUCCAUGUAGUUCAGCCCAUUGACAGCACGUAUUGCGUUUAUCAUGAGUCAAAUCAUGUCUCCCUGCCCUGUACUUCCCGGUACACAUGUAGCUCUUUCAUAAUCAUUCCCCACUCACUGAAAGAAUGGUAAUAGAACCACGAAAAGGACUGAGUUGAUCAAAACCCGGUUUUAAUAUCAGUGAUGCCAACUCUCCCGCUUUUGGCGGGAGACUUACGCUUUUUUGUCUCGUCUCCCGCUCUCCCGCUUUGGUACAUAAAUCUCCCGCUUUUUACGCCCACUAUAAAUAUCGAAUUCUUGGUAAAAAAUAAAGCAGACUUAGUUUGAGAUUUUGCCCAUUUUGAGCUCAAAACUUGAAUUUUUCUUAUUCGUAGUACGGUUUCUGGAGCAUUUUUGCACGUAUUUAGUCAUUGACAAAGAUUAUUUCUAGCAUCAAAACGAUGAUUUCGCAUUUUGACGGUAUGUUCAUCAUGUAAGACGUCAUAUAAUGUCCUAAGUCAUUCCCAUUAGGGGCUGGGUCAUUUUUUCGGGGGGGGGGGGGGGGUGGGAAAAAAAGAGGUCUCCCGGUUUUGGGGUCGCGGGGGUGGGGCUUUCUGUAAAUUUGAACGACAUAAUUUGCGUGGACAUGUGAAGAAANCAGCUUUAAGUCACAUUUAUACAACAUUUAUAGGCCUCUAAAUCUGUUUCCAUGUAGUUCAGCCCAUUGACAGCACGUAUUGCGUUUAUCAUGAGUCAAAUCAUGUCUCCCUGCCCUGUACUUCCCGGUACACAUGUAGCUCUUUCAUAAUCAUUCCCCACUCACUGAAAGAAUGGUAAUAGAACCACGAAAAGGACUGAGUUGAUCAAAACCCGGUUUUAAUAUCAGUGAUGCCAACUCUCCCGCUUUUGGCGGGAGACUUACGCUUUUUUGUCUCGUCUCCCGCUCUCCCGCUUUGGUACAUAAAUCUCCCGCUUUUUACGCCCACUAUAAAUAUCGAAUUCUUGGUAAAAAAUAAAGCAGACUUAGUUUGAGAUUUUGCCCAUUUUGAGCUCAAAACUUGAAUUUUUCUUAUUCGUAGUACGGUUUCUGGAGCAUUUUUGCACGUAUUUAGUCAUUGACAAAGAUUAUUUCUAGCAUCAAAACGAUGAUUUCGCAUUUUGACGGUAUGUUCAUCAUGUAAGACGUCAUAUAAUGUCCUAAGUCAUUCCCAUUAGGGGCUGGGUCAUUUUUUCGGGGGGGGGGGGGGUAGGGAAAAAAAGACAGUCUCCCGGUUUUAGGUCUCCAGAGGUUGGCAUCUCUGUAAUAUGGAACGAAACAUAUGAGUAGUCAUGGUAACUAAAACUGGAUUUCCGCUAAUCUUCCUUCAAGCAACUUAGCCUGCGUGCACUGCCUCGCACCCAGGCGCUUCUUGGGAUUUUCUGUGCCUUUGCGUUUUCGAAGCUUUUCCAUGAUCCCUUCGCCGCGACUACCGUCGAACAUUCCAAAAAGAGCUUACGUACGAGGCAGCUGCGUGCAGGCGUUUAAAAGUAAUUUGGGCACAAGAAAAAUUGAAUGUCUUCCUCGCGCGCCCCGUUCUUUCUUGCGCCCAUAUGACUUUUACGCGUGUAUGAAGACUGCAACCAACUCGUGUCCCGGAGUGUUAUAAAAGUCACGGAAGAAAAGAAAAUUUUCGGAAACAUUUUACAUCCCUUUUACACCUUUGUUUGCUUUUCCUUUGCAGAGAGAUUUACAAGACAAUAAUCUUGAAUUAGCCAACCAGAAAUUUCCAGACCUCCUGGCAGUUGUCAGUGCUCUUAGACGAAACGUUCUUCUUGAAAACUGCCGGCAGCUUUUGAUCAACCCUUGUCCGCGCCUUCCACUUAAUGCAAUAUUCAGCGGUUACAUGGACAGAAGCCCCAGGCGUGUUGGUCGGGGGCGAGGUGGUCGAGGGCGAGGCAGAUCGCAAAGAUGA